GGAGCCCCGCCCCCUCCCCGGCCGCCCCGCCCCGUUCCCCUUCGCGAGCCCGAGCGCGGAGAGUGAGCGGGCGAGAGGCGGUAGCGACAUGGCGCCUUUGAGUGAUCUUAUGGGGAUUGCGGAGGAUCUCGCUGACCAGUUUCUGCGAGUAACAAAGCGCUUCCUGCCUCACGUUGCACACUUGUGUCUGAUCAGCACAUUCCUGGAAGAUGGGAUUCGCAUGUGGUUCCAGUGGAAUGAUCAGCGAGAUUACAUCAGCAAUAGCUGGCACUGUGGGGCUUUCUUUGGCAUUCUGUUCGUUUUGGUUAACAUGAUUGGGCAGAUUGGUGGUUGUAUUUUGGUGCUGACUCGGAAGUUUGUACCUUAUGCUUGCUGUGGUUUAUUUUCACUCAUUGUUUUGCAGACUGUUGCAUACAAUAUUCUCUGGGACUUGAAAUUCAUUAUGAGGAGUCUUGCACUUGGAGGUGGCUUGCUACUGCUCUUGGCUGAAUUUCGAUCAGAAGGGAAGACUAUGUUUGCGGGUGUGCCCACCAUGGGUACUAACUCCCCACGUCAGUACAUGCAGCUCGGUGGUCGUGUCCUACUUGUCCUGAUGUUUAUGACUUUGUUGCACUUCUCCGUGAAUGCGCUAAUGAUUCUUCAAGAUAUCGUUGGCACUACUUUGAUAAUCCUCGUGGCUGUUGGUUUCAAAACUAAAUUGGCUGCGCUUACACUGGUCAUUUGGCUCUUUGUGUUGAAUGUGAUUCAGAAUCCAUUCUGGCAAGUUCCUGUUUACAGACCCCUGCAUGACUUACUAAAGUAUGACUUUUUCCAAACCAUGUCUGUAAUUGGAGGCCUUCUCUUGGUUGUAGCAUUGGGGCCUGGUGGAGUCUCGAUGGACGAACAUAAAAAGAAGUGGUGAAGGGUAUCCUGCAAAGAUAAAUAUAUAUUUGUGUAAUUUUUUAAUUAUUUUUACUACCGUGAAGUGUCUGAAGAUUUUUUUUUUCACCUGGUUUCUUUCAUGUGAAAUUUUAAAACCACGCAUCCAUUUUCCCUUUGCUGCAGUAUUUAGGUAUUAAAUUGUGUUAAAAUUGGAGCCAAAAUUUACCAAGCAGCCAGCUGGUACAAUCUUUUUCAUAGUGCAGUCAGUAUUGGAAGCUGAUUGACUGGGAGAUCCUUCCUUCCUCUUCAACAUUUCAGACAAUCUAUUUAAUGAAUUCUAUGAGCAAGGUGACUUCAUGACUACUUAGAAUAGUCUGUUAGGUUUAAUAGUGAAGAUGGACAUUGAAGGCAUGAUGUCUCAAAUGAGUCAUCCAGUGAUGGCUCACACACAUUCCUCAAUCUCAGUCCUUCAUUUCAACUGCUAUCAUACAUAAAAUAACUACUGUAUAUCUUAUUAAAUUGGUCCACUUAUCCGAAAAUCCUAUCAUCUGACCAUUUCAAAUGAAAUGAGUAUUCGAAUGCUAUGAACCUUAAAACAUGGAACAGCAACCUUAUUACAGAUUGAAGUGCCUUGCACUAUAAUGUGUUAUUGUUAUGAAUUUCAACUUAGUUCUUACACUGAAGGCAACUUUAAGACCUAUUUGUGUUCUUUUUUCUGGCCAGUCUGAAGACCAAAUGUUUGGUUUUGCUUUUAUUGUUUUAAUUAAAUGUCUUCAGGAAGUCAGCACCCGGCAACUGAAUAAAGGGUGGGCACAAUACCUGUACACUGUGACUGACUGAAUAAGCAGUCAAGUACCCAAUUGGAGCCAAGCUUUGUGUAACCCUUAAACAAUCUUUUAGCAGACACUGUACCUAAAAUGCUUAUUGUUAAUUCUGUUUUGCUUGUCCUUUAUUAACUCCUAAGCUACCUUUUCCAUCCUUGGAGUACUAAUUAUCUUUAUUGGUCACAUUUUAUAAGUCAAAAGUUCUCCUAUUUUGCCUUUGCCAUUAAGCAACAAGCAAGUAUGAUGGACUGGUGCUGAGCAGUCUUCCUCUUCUCUUCCCCUAUUGAUUUGGAAGUGCCUAUAUUCUGUUGGGUGUUCAUCUAGGAGAGCACAGCAAAAAGUUUAAACAUUAAAUAUUCUACUGGGAACAUAGUAACUAUGUUUUGAUUGCUGCAUGGAGUUACCAGUAAAGUGAGAGAUCUGAUGGAGAUUAAAAUAUUUUGAUAUUCAACCUUCUGUGGUAACCCUGUUGCUGUUAGCUUUCUGUCUGGAGUUGCAAUAAGAAGGAUUCACGACAGGGGAAAAGGCUGCAGGUCACACGUAUGAAAUCAAAGUUGCAAGACUUGCAAAACUUCAAGAGUUUCACUCAUUGAAGCCUCUAAAACCUAAAGUAUUGUUGGUACAUAAUUUGUCAAAACCACCUUAUGCAGACACAUAACCAUUUAUAUAUAGUUUUUAAUAUGUUUAGUGUGAAUGUGUCUGAAGAUUCUGCAGCAGUAUAUGUUGGCGAUGCUGACUUUUGAAUGUGUUGACAUUGUGGCUGUAUUUGCAGUUCUGGAUAACAUUAAAUGCAAUGGAAAACUUGUAUAUUGAAUCUAAAUUGUACAGUAAAGGAGGCUGACUUAUUUUCCUUUCCGUAUUUCCCUCUGAAAGCUCUGAUUUCAGACCAUAAGUUCUGGAUCAUUAAAAAAUAACACAUUCCUCCUGUAUCUUUGCCCCAUCAUUUAGUUAUGUCUCCUGGUUCCUGAACCAUUCACUGAUGGAACAGUUUCUUUCUAUUUACAAUACCAAAAACUAUCAUGCCUUUGAAUGCCACCUACAAUUUUCCUCUCAAAUCUUUACUGCUGCACAAAAUCCUUAGCUUCAGCAAUCUAGUUGAAAGUCCUCAUCCCUGCAAUCACAGUGAGGCUUUUUGCAUCCUUCCUUGUGUAUUUACCUCAGCUGGACGCACUACUUCGUGUGUGAGUUACCAAAAUAAACUGACAAUAAUAGAUAAAGUCAGUUAGAAUCAUGAUGCUGGCUGCAUGGAGAGUUCUAGUGUGGAUAGUUUUGUGAUCAUUUCGUUAAUUAGCAAAACUAAUUAUGAUUUCCUAAACUACUGCUUAUUACUACCUGAUGAUUUUGGACUUACUCAAAGAUGAUUUCUCAUGCCACCUUUCCCAGACCCUUGAAUAGUGCUUCCGUACACUAACAAGGAGCUCUGGAUUUCCCAAUCUACCUCAUCACAAUCCUUGCACUUCAUUGUUUACCUACAGUGCACUUCAACUGGACUUUGAUCUGUCAGGGCUGGCACAAAAACAAUUGUUCACUCUCUGUGACUGCAGUUUUCUGAAACACCAAUACUACUUCAGAAUAUAAGGGCUUUCAGAAGACUAUAACUAAUACAGCCACCUUAGUCUUCUAAAAAUUAGUUGCUUUAUAUUCUGCAAAACAACUAAUUUCACAUGACAAAAUGCUGGAGGAACUCAGCAGGCCAGGCAGCCCCUAUGGAAAAGAGUAAACAGUCGUUGUUUCGGUCUGUGACCCUUCUUGUGUGAGUGCUGCUUUGGAUUUCUAGCAUCUGCAGAUUUUCCUGUGGUUGUAAUUUCACAUCAUACUGCAUAAGUCAAUGUUACUAAUUCUCAUUCUAAAAAUCAAGCUAUGUGGGUCAGAGACUUAUCAAUGUAUAUCAUCUUUGUUUUGUUUGGUACCAAUUCUCCAAUGGUUAUGGUGGUAUUGAACUCCAUCCUUGCAUUACUCAAUAUAAAUCAGAUAUUUGUCAUAUCUUCCACUCUUGAUUCAAAAUAUCCUUUUAUAUAGACUGUUCCCUGGUUAAUGUGUAGGUCUAUGAAUGCGCUCUAUGAAUUUGAUCUUGUAGCUGCUGUUUUGAAUUUGAUGAGCCCAAUCCACAUGAACAUUAAAAUCUACCAUAAUUGCCAUUUUUACAUGGUACAAUUAGUUGUUGAUUCCUAUUGUAUGGCUACUGUUUGAAUGUCUGUACAUCACUGCUAUUGUUCUUUUCCAUGCUGCUGUUAAUCAGGAUUUUUUAAAGCCUCGAUCACAUCUCAUAGUUGUAAAGACAUAUCUCUUUGCCAGAUAUGAUUUCCUUUAAUGCUAUGACAUUGACACAGUUUUUAUUUGCUACUGGUUCUCCUAAGCCCAGAACUGAGUGUGAACGUAACUGAAGCAUUAAAUUGAUGGAGAACACUGCCAUCUUGUGCCCUGAUUU